AUGAACACUGGUGCUCAUUUCUUGAACAGCACUGCUGUAAUAGUUUCCUGGAGUCCUCCCCAGAUCCCCCAGGGGGUCAUUAGUCGCUACGUCAUUUACAAGUGCCAACCUCCCUCUAGCUCAGUUGCCGAGAUAGCUGUGGAGUUGCCUGGGUCUGAGCGACAGGCCCUGGUCGCAGGGCUGCAGCCGUACACUCAAUAUAAGUUCACAGUUACAGCAUGUAACAGUUUUGCCUGCUCUGGGCAAAGUCCGCAAGCUCUUGUACGGACAUCAGCGGCAACUCCCGAACAACAGGGACCUCCCUCGGUCCUCUCAGUUGAUUCAUCCACGGUGUACCUUAGAUGGCCUCAACCUCAGAUCCCUAACGGCCCAAUACCGCCGAGUUAUAACCUGAGCCGAGCUUACUCAGCCCUGCACUUCCCACCCCCUGUGGUGUCAGAAGGCGUGCAUUAUCCAGGUCUUGGAUUCUACAAGUUUCCUUCAGACUUUGUUCGAGCUGGUGCAAGAAAUGACAUUCAAUUCUGGUUUCGAACCCAGUAUGCGUCAGGUUUGCUUCUCUUUCUGGCUUCAGAUGGCUCACAGACUGACAUGUUAGCAGUUCAAUUAAAGGAUGGAAAGCCAUGGUUAAUAUUCGAUUGUCAAGAUGGCCCUGCUGCCUUUACGAUCAACCAGCCAGUCCGCUUUGACGAUGGCGAGUGGCAUCUGUUGAAGGUGUUACGUGUCAGCCGUCGAGGGACCCUGAAGGUGGACGGUUACCAAGCCAGUCAGGAUAGUCCAGGCGCCGCCACCGUGAUAUCGGCAAACACUGGGGUUUAUAUCGGCGGUCUUCCUUCCUCAUUUAAAAUUCUUCGGACGGACACAGGAAAUUCCAAAAUUGACAAGAUCAACUUUAUCGGCUGUAUACGUGGUGUCACUUCAGAACAGGCUGCUUCUGUUUCAAAGCAGCUCGAUUGGACUUCUGCGUUAGAAGCAGUCAGUGUCGAGCCUCAGAGAAAUGGAUGUCCAGAGAGAGACAACAAAAGAGCCUUGUUCCUCAGAGGCGGUGGCUAUGUCGCUAUGGACUCAAAUGUAGCGGACAUUUUUACCAAUAAUAUAUUUAGCUUUACUUUGAAGUUCCGCACUCAGCUGUCAUCAGGGUUGCUUCUGUUUAUGCACGGAUCAACAACCACAUUUUUCAUUCAAUUUUCUGAAAAUCGAGUUGAAACGAAAUACGUCACGUCUAGUGUGCAGGACAAUGUGACAGUUUAUUCGCCAUAUGGUGAAAUUUGUGAUGGACAAUGGCACAACAUGACUUUAACUAAUUUCAACAACAGGUUAACUGUCUUCCUCGAUGGUAAAACUGAGGUUGGAACUGGAAUAACUAAUCUAAACAUACAAUCUAGCAUAUUCAUCGGAGGGGUCCCCUGGGGAUCUUCGACCGAAACAGUCGCCCAACAGGCUGGGGCGACUGUGGAGUUAUCUUUUGGUGGUUGCAUAAUUGUUCAGUCUUUGGCAAAAGAGAUCGAUUACAUAACUGUAGUCAAUGCCAUGCAUAAUGCGGACCUUGAUGGCUGCCGCCCUGCGCCCACAUUAGCGACCAGAGGUCAAAUAGGAAAAUGUUUACCCUUUAAUAGUUUUGUGGUGUAUUCUGGGAAGACUGAGAGAUUUAAUGACUCAUCCGUGGACAUUUUCACCGAUUACCUGUACCGUGUGGAAAGUUACCAUGAUGGAAGUUCAGGUUCAGCUAAAAGCGAGUGGAUUUUGAAACGUAGUGCGCAAGGAGGU